UUAAUAGGUAGCAGUCAGUCGACUACUUACAGCAAACAGUUAGUUAGUUAUUGAUAGUUAUCUUUGAAUCAUUGAACAGUCAAAUUAAACAAUAGUUGUUCAAACAAACAAACAAAAAACAUAAUGUAUAACAACUACUUGUCAUCAUCGGUGGUGAUGGUGUUGGCAUCAACAGUAUGUAUGUUAGUCCUGAUAGAUACGGCACUGGCUAACGAUGAUUGUGAAAAACUAGAAACCGAUCUAAAGGGUUGUCUGGCCAAUCGCUGGGAAACAUACAAUCUCGAUAAAAUUGCCCAAUUAGUGGCCAAUGGUGGCGAUACUAGCAUUUACGGCAAAUUAAUGGUUUGUUCAGCAUUGGAGACUAACUGUGCUCAUAAAAAAUUGGCUAAAAAAUGCAAAGAUGUUAAGGUAGAGAGUAAACAAGCAUUGGAUGCAAAGUUAGAUAUAGCGGCCAAAUCGGGAUUUACCGCCAAUGAGGCCAACUGUAAGAAACUAAAGCCCAAAGCACCGACCCAUGACUGUAAAUCAUAUCUACCGUGUUUUAAAUGAUUGAUAAAUAGUUAUAUAUAAAAAUAUAAUGUUUUUUUUAAAUAAAAUUUU